CUCGAGCAGGACCCACAGACCAGACUGCAAUCUGACCGAGGAGGUCCCCCACCCGCCAGGUGCGCUCUGCCCAGCCAGCAGACAGCAGACUGACCCACCAGCCUGCUUCUCGCCCCAGACCCUCUCGCCGUUAGACACAGCCCUGCCCCCCAUGGCCCAGCCCCUGCCGGCCACCUUCGGUUGCAUCAGCCUCCUCUGCCUGCUGCUCCCAGGCACACUGUCCCGAGGCCUGGGCGGAAGCCAACAGCCAGCCCCACCCAGGGAGCCCCUAGCCCGGACCCUUUCCAGUGGCCUGAAGCCUGGACACCCUGCAGUUCAGCCUGUGGUCUGGAAGCUACCCCAGACCCUCCAGCCACAGAGAAGCACCAACCGAGCCCCCGCCAUGGGUCAGCCUCUCCAGGGUGGUACCCGCCGACACCUGGGCCCCCACAGGUCCCGAGCCCAGCUCCUGCGGGUGGGCUGUGUGCUGGGCACCUGCCAGGUGCACAACCUCAGCCACCGCCUCUGGCAGCUGGUUGGGUCAGCGGGCCCACGGGACUCAGCCCCCGUGGACCCCAGCAGCCCCCACAGUUACGGCUGAGAUGGAGCAGAACAUUCCUCUGCCUGUCCUAGCCGGGAUGCCCCCCGCCCCCCGGUCCCAGAGCUUCAUCUGGGCCCCCAGCCCCACCCAGCCCCCUGGACCUCCUGCAAACAGCAAUAACCAGAAAGUAUGCAGGCCCCCAAGGCAGCUCCCGCCCCACCCCACACCCACCUGGUCCUGUAGCAAGCAACCUUGACUGGCUUUGGACAUCGAAGGCCAUGCACGUGUCGACCUGAGCAGAUCUGCAGUCAGAGUCUGGACUCCUGAAAGAGGCUUCAGAGGGGCAGGGGCAGCCCAAGUAUGUGGACCAGGAGGCCCAGGGCCACCAUGUGCCAGCACAAGGUGGGCCAGUGUGGCCCCUUCCUUGCUGGUCUGGAGUCAUCAGAUUAAACUCUGGCUUUGGGCAUGUGCGCUUGGUCAGUCCCAGGUCCCCAGCCUUUCCACUCCCUGUGCCCUUGAGACUGGAAAGACUGUAGGGAGCAGGACGCCUGUGGUCCCUGUCCCCAGGGCUGUGGGGAGAGAGGACAGGACAGGUCAAAAUGGAGUCCCUCCCCCACCCCCACCUGCAGCCUGGGAGAGGGUGUAGAGAUUCAAGAACCAGGCGGGGGCAGCUGAGCCGAAGCCCCUUCCCACCCCUCUGAGCAGGGUGGGGCUGGGUGGGGCAAGGCCUCCCAGCCCAGAUAGGCACGGGCAGAACCAUCCCCACCUCAGGUGGGGUGGGAUGGUCGAACAAGGGUGGGGGCACCACAGACUAUACAUUCUCCCCAACCCCACCCUGCUCAGCUCUGGGACUUACUGUGGGGCCGGCGCAGGGACAGUAGGAGGCUGGAACAGGCUUGCUGAGAAUUUGGGGAGGUGGUUUGUCCUCACAGGUUUCAAAUAAAGUCUUCAGCCCGUUCCUGGUGUAUGUCCACCCCAGCCCAGGUAGGGUUUUUCACGCCGUGA